UGUGCUGUUGUUAACAAAAUGACGACAACUUCUUUGGGUUUUCAAAGUGUCUGCGAAGACGAUUUAGGCUCGUUAACUUUCAAAACAGCAUCUGGACCAGUGAAUAUUUUUAAAUAUUCAGGUUUGUUAAAUUUAGUUACGUUACUGUAGCUUUCUUUAAAUCAGAAAGCAAAAGAAUAAGAACGAAAAUAAUGGUGAUCGUAGUUAGCUUCGUAAAAAUCUGCGUCACUUCGAGCAAAAUCAUAGUCAGAAAAGGAUUAAGAGCAAGCCUGCGCUAAGCACUCAUUCAGAUAUCACUUUUCCUUGAAACCUAAUGACUGAAAAGAUUCUUAAGUGCCUUUUUAACGAAUGAAGUCCGCCUUUAUAGCUAGUGAAACCUGCUUCUCUGUUGGUUCUUACCAUCGAAAUUGUUUUUCUGCUAUUGCAAGUGGGUUAUAGUUAAAGCAUAGUGUAAAGUGCAGAUUGCUUUGGAUGACUGAAAAUUAAAACAUCAAAUUAGAACGAAAAAAGUCUAAAAAUGUAAAAUAUGUAAGGCACAUUAAAAGGCCAUUCAAUUAGUUGGAACGGAUACUAAAUCACACAUUAGGGAGCGUGUUUUGAAUUUCUGAAGCAUGAGGUGAGUUGCCUCUAUUCUGUCUGACGACAUUCAGUAACCUACCGUGUGAUUGGUCAAUCAAUUCAACCGCGGCAACCGUCCAUAUGAAGACAUUUUGGCCAUAAUUAACUUGGUCUAAAUUUUUCUCAUUCGCCUUUGACGACUGGUUAAGAAUCGUCUCUUACUCAACUCUGAAGUCAAGAUGCUGUCUUUUGUUGUGAAAAUUUUGCUUUUCCUGCUAAUUUUUGGACUGAUAGCGUCCAAUGUUGUGGAUGGAAGCCGGCCAAUGCCAAAGAAGAACAAAAAUGGUAAGGAGAACCCUGAACACAGCAGUGAGAACAGCACCUACAAAGACUUCGUCCAAGAUGGUACUGUGAUUGGUAAAGAGGACCAUGAGCACGGCAGUAAGAACAGCACUUACAAGGACUACGACCAAGAUAACACGGAGGUUCGAGCAGUUGGCCCCCAGAUGGUUUUUAAUAAUCCUAACCAGCCAUGCUACACUCAGUUCUUUGUAGGUGUAGUUGGAGCCCCACCAAUAGGUCUGCGAGCUGGUCAGGUUAAUUUACGGUAUAUCUGCCAAACGUACCAUCACCAGACUUACUAUGCCACGAUGUUUGACGAGCAACGCGGUAUUGCUGUGUUUUCAGCCUAUACAUUGACACAAGCAAAUGUGAAUUUUCAUCCGAAUCGACGAGCAUGGUGGCGACGAACACAUGCAAACGGUAACUACAGCUUAUAGCGACUUUUAAAAUAAGACAGUCACCGUUAUAAUUAGCAAGAGAUUAUCUUGAAAUUAGGUAAUCAUCUGAAGGUUAGUUAAGGUAGGCAAAUUCUGCAAACGAUAACGCAAGAGGCCCACCAAGAGGGAGCUUCUUAUCCCAGUUUCUGUAACAUGAAGCAACUAGGAGUAUUUCUACUCCC